AUGCGUUUUCAGUCCUCUCUUUCUGCCCUGACCCUGGCUGUGGCCGUCGAGGCGGCUGCCGUGGAGCCUCGCGCGACGACGACUACCACCUCGACUUCGUCGACCACUACCGGGCCAAACUGGUUCCAGACCACGCCGGAAUUGUAUGCUGGUACCACGGAGACUGGAUCCGCCCCCUUCCUGGCAGAGACCAACCCGGUGACCUUUACCGGCGUGUCGUAUACCCCCAACUAUCCUCUGCAGACCUCGGAGCCGAUUCAGGGGGCAAAUGGGCAGAACAUCUUCCACUGGAUGGGGAACCUCAGCCCCUACUACCCCAGUGUGGAUGGCUUUGGAGUGGAAGAGUACCCCCUUCCUAGCGGGACCAAUAUCACCCAGAUGCAUCUGCUGCAACGCCAUGGGUCCCGCUACCCAUCCUCGUCGGAAGGUUUGGCCACCUGGGGCGAGAAGAUUAUGAACCUGACCGCCAAGGGCACCAAGUUUACCGACAACCUGGCCUUCUUGAAUGACUGGAGUUACGGCCUCGGUCUCGAAAUCCUCGUGGCUCGCGGCCGGCAGGAGCUGUUCGACAGCGGUAUCCUGAACUGGUACAAUUACGGCAAGCUGUACAACAGCAGCAGCAGCCACAAGCUGGUGGCCCGGACGACCACGGAGGAUCGCAUGCUCAAGAGCGCGGAGAACUUUCUGGCCGGCUUCUUCGGCCUGGACUGGACCGAGUACGCCAACCUGCUCCCGAUCAUCGAGGAAGUCGGGUACAACAACUCGCUGAUCGGCAUGUACGCCUGUGACAAGGCGCUCGAGUGGGAGGAGAGCAGCCUGAUGAUGGAACCCAUCGAGGAAUGGAUGGAAACCUACCUCAAGGACAUCACCGCCACGCUCAAAAAGCAGGCCGGUGGUUACGACUGGACUGUUGCCGACUCGUACGACGCGCAGGCACUGUGCGCCUAUGAAACCGUCAGCUUCGGCUACAGCCCGUUCUGCGAGUUGUUCGACUUUGCCCAUUGGAAGGAUUACAGCUACCUCAUCGACAUUGAGUUUGCUGUCAUGAGCGGGUUUGCCAGUCCCGCGGGCCGCGCGCAGGGCAUCGCCUGGGUAGAGGAGUUCCUGGCCCGGGUGCAGGGUCACCUACUGACCGUCACGGACACCGACGCCAACAUGACGCUGGACACCAACGAGGUGACCUUCCCGACGGACCAGACGCUGUACUUCGACUUUGCGCAUGACGCGAGCAUCGUCUCGACGCUGACGGCGUUUGGCUUUGAACAGUUCGCGGGCUCCCUACCAGUCACGGGCCCGCCGGCCGACCAGGAGUUCUUUACCAGCAAGAUCGUCCCCUUUGCCGGCCGGAUCAACAUUGAGAUCAUUCGUGCACCCCACAAGGUGCCCGCCAAGCGGCCCACGGGCUCGCAGGCGGAGGCGUAUGUCGCCGGAACGUCGGAGACGUACUACGUGCACUUCCUGUUGAACCAGCGCACCCUGCCGCUGCACUCCAGCUUCACCGGGUGCGAGUACCGCGAUGACGGGUGGUGUGAGCUGGACACCUUCCUGGCCAUCCAGAAGGACAGCCUGGCGCAGAGCCAGUUCGACUAUGCGUGCAACGGGAACUACACCUUUACGUCCUAUGGGACCGUCACCAACGGAGUUCCUGCUUAA